AUGGCCUCAGUACACCAUUUUUAUGUGUUGCUAGUGCACCUCAGUACCCUUGCAUUCCUGUUGUCCAAAGCACCAACUGCUACUCAAGCAACGACAACCAUGGUCAAUCCAGGCUGCGCUGAUCAUUGUGGGAAUUUAAGCAUCCCAUACCCAUUUGGCAUCACUAAAGACUGUUAUCUAGACGAAGCCAUCCUCAUCACUUGCAACCACUCUUUCAACCCUCCCAUAGGAUUUUUGAGAACCAGUGAGGGGCUGCAGAAUUCUUCCACAACUGGAUGCAUGUCUAAAUGUGACAACCUCAACAGUAUCGCUGAUGGUUCUUGUUCCGGAGUUGGCUGUUGCCAGACAUCCAUCCCUAAAGGGGUGUGGGGCAUUGAUAUCGAGUUACAUAGCUAUAGUAACUAUACAAAUCUAUCAGGCUCCAAUCCUUGCGGCUAUGCCUUUGUUGCCGAACAAAGUGAUUUCAAAUUCACACCGACUUACCUUAGAAAACUGCAAAACACAAGCAUGCUUCCGAUGGUGGUCGAUUGGGCCGUUGGAAACGAAACAUGUGAGGUGGCUGAAAAAAAACUCGGCUACUUUUGCAUGCAAAGACAAUACCAAGUGUUACAAACCGAUAAUGGUUAUGCCACUUCUGGGUAUCGCUGUGAUUGCAUGGAGGGGUACGAAGGUAACCCAUACCUUGGCUGCCAAGCUAGUCAGGCAACUACUGGUGGGGAUUAUCACACUGUUGCUCCUCUUACUAGUGAAGAGAUCAUAUAUUUGCUUGUGUCCUGA